UCCUCUUCCACUCAAAUCUCAAAAACCCAACCUUUACUAUUUUGUUUCUUCCUUACUCCAACCAAACACUUCUCGUCUCCAAUGGCUUCCUUAUCCUUCGUCUCAUCAUCUCACCUCACUCUACGCGCUCCUUCUCCCAACAACCUCCGCUCCUCAUCUCCCCGUCCCACCUCCGUUUCAUUCUCCGUCAAGGCCCAGUCCGUCGCACUCUCCCAAGACGACCUAAAGAAACUCGCCGCCGAAAAAGCCGUCGAAUCCAUCAAACCGGGGAUGGUCCUCGGCCUCGGAACCGGCUCCACCGCCGCCUUCGCCGUCGACCAAAUCGGAAAACUCCUCUCCUCCGGCCAACUCCACGACAUCGUCGGCAUCCCGACGUCAAAACGCACCGAGGACCAAGCCCGAUCCCUCGGGAUCCCCCUCGUGGCCCUCGACACGCACCCCAGAAUCGACCUGGCCAUCGACGGCGCCGACGAGGUGGAUCCCAACCUGGACCUGGUCAAGGGGCGCGGCGGCGCGCUCCUGAGGGAGAAGAUGGUGGAGGCCGUGGCCGAGAGAUUUAUCGUCGUUGCGGAUGAUACGAAGCUCGUGAAGGGGCUGGGAGGGAGCGGUUUAGCGAUGCCAGUGGAGGUUGUUCAGUUCUGUUGGAAGUUUAAUUUGGUGAGGCUGAGGGAUUUGUUUAAGGAGUUUGGGUGCGAGGCGAAGCUGAGGGUUGGUGAGGGUGGGGAGGCGUAUGUGACGGAUAAUAGUAAUUUUAUUAUUGAUUUGUAUUUUAAGGAGCCGUUGAAGGAUGGGUUCGCCGCGGGGAGGGAGAUUGGGAAGUUUGAGGGGGUUGUGGAGCAUGGUUUGUUUCUUGGGAUGGCUACUUCGGUGAUCAUCGCUGGGAAGAAUGGUGUUGAAGUUAUGAACAAGUGAGGAUGAGAAUUUUUCUCCUUUGUAUAAUUUGAAAUAAAAUCUUUAAUUACGGUUCAACAUUAUUCGAAAUUUCAGCAUUUGAGAAGGGGAUUAGCAACAAAAAUGAAUUGAUUUUCGUGUCC